AGAAUGAGUUACUUCCUGUCUUACUGCAAAGCUCAUGGCGGCGCGCUGCUCACCGGCUACCAGGCCCUGCGCGCCGAGGGCUUCCUGUGCGACGUGACACUGGAGACCGAGGGCAGCGAAUUCCCGGCGCACAGGUCGCUCCUGGCGUGCUCCAGUGACUACUUCAGGGCCCUGUUCAAGAGCCACACCCAGGAAUCCCGGGCGCGCGUGAUCCACCUGCACGUGCCAUCGGCAGCCGGCCUGCAGCGCCUGCUGGACUUCAUCUACACUGCCUGGCUGUCGCUUUCCAUGGACACUGUAGAGGACACUCUGGAGGCCGCCAGCUACCUGCAGGUCACUGAGGCCCUGGGGCUCUGUGGGCGCUACUUGGAGCGCCAGCUGGCUCCAGAGAACUGCUGCUUCGCCGCCAACGUGGCAGCGCGCUUUGGCCUGGCUCACACGCUGGACGCGGCCGAGCGCUGCAUCGUGAGCCACUUGCAGGAGCUGCUGGCGCGGGGCGCCGGCCCCGCGGGACUCCUGGAGCUCAACCCUACAUCGCUGAGGGCUGUACUGGGUGCCCCCGACGUGGCGCGGGUGCCCGAGGCCCGGCUACUGGGCCUGGCGUUAGCUUGGUUGCGGCAGGAGCCCACAACUGAGCGCCUGGCACACUGUACGGAGUUGCUGGAGCGUGUCCGCUUUGGCCUGGUUCCCGCCGACGUACUGCGGCGCGUGUACUCGGGCUCUGGCCUCGUGCUGCCCGCCCGGGUCAAGGGCCUCAUCAUCCAGGCCCUCAACUACCACACGACGCCCUCCCGCCAGCCGCUCAUGCAGGGCGAGCAGACCAGCAUCCGGAGCCCCCAGACCCGCAUCUUGUUGGUGGGGGGGCGCAGGGCACGGGAGGUGGUGAUUGAGGAGGUCGCGGCCCCGCAGAGGGCAGCUAGGGGCCGGGUCGCCGCCCCAGAGCCCGAAGAAGAAGAGGAAGAGUUGGAGGAAGAGGAGGAGGAGGAGGAGUGGGAGCUCACCCAGAACGUGGUGGCCUUCGAUGUGUACAAUCACCGCUGGCGCAGCCUUACGCAGCUACCCACACCACUGCUGGGGCACAGCGUGUGCACCGCGGGCAACUUCCUGUUUGUCCUGGGUGGGGAGAGCCCUUCCGGCAGUGCAUCCUCUCCCCUGGCCGACGACUCGCGGGUGGUCACGGCCCAAGUGCACCGUUACGACCCGCGCUUCCACGCUUGGACGGAAGUGCCCGCCAUGCGGGAAGCGCGGGCCCACUUCUGGUGCGGCGCGGUGGGCGAGAGGCUCCUGGCCGUCGGGGGCCUGGGUGCGGGCGGUGAGGUGCUGGCCUCGGUGGAGAUGUACGACCUGCGUCGGGACCGCUGGACGGCGGCUGGGGCACUACCGCGGGCUCUGCACGGUCACGCGGGGGCCGUCGGGGACCGCGGUGUUGUGUACAUCUCGGGGGGCAAGGCAGGGAGAGGCGAGGGCGGAGCGAGCAGCCUCCGGGACUUAUACGUCCUGGGCCCUGAGGAGCAGGCUUGGAGCAAGAAGGCACCCAUGGGCACCGCACGUUUCGGGCACCACAUGGCAGUGCUGCGCGGCGCUGUGUUUGCUUUUCUGGGGCGAUACGAGCCCUUCUCUGAGAUCGAGCGCUACGACCCCGGCGCCGACCAGUGGACUCGGUUGCGGCCGCUGCCCUACGACCGCUUCUGCUAUGGGCUGGCCGUGGUCGAGGAGACAGCGUUGCUGCUGGGCGGCCUCAAGUGGCGGGACUCGCGCCAGGUGCCUACCCGCAACGUAGUGGGCUACGACCUCGACCUGGACCGUUGGGAGGACAUCGGCUGCGCGUUGCCCUGGGCCUGGAGCGGCCUGCGGUGCGCAGUGCUGCAGCUGGCCGAGGGUGGGGACGACGAGAGGGAGGGAGAGGUUGGAGAGGCGCUAGAUUUGGUGCUGGGCUGAAUGGGUCAGUCCAGUUUCCUUCCGCAAUGGAGGAGAAAGUCGCGCUUGGUUAGUCUUACAGAGCAACGGAUGGGCUUUUUCUAAGAAAGGGAUUCUGGGAGCAGAGUGGCUUCUGAAGGUUAACAGGCAAACAAGGCCUUGAGCAAAGAGAAACAUUUCUCCUUGAGCUGAGAAUGGGAGACAGCGGGGCGGGGGGUCAAAUAGAAGGCUAUAUGAAUCAACUUGAGUGAGCUAGUGAAAGAAAAUUUUUAGAAAGGCUCACGCAAGGCUAGAGAAGGACUUUCACAAAUAAAAUAUGACCUUAUUUUCCCUCUUACAGUUAAAGUGUUUCCCUAGGUGCAAAACAGUGAUUACUUAUGUGCCAAAAAAAAAAAAAAAAAAAGGCCAAAAAAUGUACCACAGGAAGUUUAUACAAAAC